AUGGAUGAUUAUGAGCGACUGAGUCCCGGACAAAGAGGCGGGUGCACACCAUCCCUCCAAGCAACCGGCGAUCAAUUACUUGACACCGUCUGGGUGCGUUCCAUGUGGAGUCGAACCGGGUUUGAGGAACUUUAUCCGGCUAAUGUGCUCACUUUGCCAGAACGACCGACUUCCGCGUUGCGCAGACGUAUUCUCGGUCUCAGCUCUGACGCGCCGUCAUGCAAUCUGUCCCCAACAGCACCCGUGCCAAUGAACACUCAGCCGUCGUGUCUGGGGCACUCGAACACGACAUUGGCCGCGGAGAGGACUCGCCGUUUGCGUGGGAUUCCGAAAAAGAACGGUGGGAAGGAGGACAAGCCAGCUCCACAGCCCUGUCUCUUCAUUCGCAUCUCCUCCAGUCUCUCCAAAACGGACUACGGUGUGGCAAACACCCAGCACCUGGUCCCCACGGCCAAGAGGCUCCCGGGAGAGCCAGCUCCACAGCCCUGUCUCUUCAUCCGCAUCUCCUCCAGUCUCUCCAAAACGGACUACGGUGUGGCAAACACCCAGCACCUGGUCCCCACGGCCAAAAGGCUCACGGGAGAGCCAGCUCCACAGCCCUGUCUCUUCAUCCGCAUCUCCUCCAGUCUCUCCAAAACGGACUACGGUGUGGCAAACACCCAGCACCUGGUCCCCACGGCCAAGAGGCUCCCGGGAGGCACCUCCAUCAUCCGGGUGACAGCGACAGACGCCGACGACCCGACUUACGGGAACAGUGCCAAGCUGGUGUACACUCUGGUCCAGGGCCAACAGUACUUCUCCGUCGAUCCCCAGACAGGGAUCCUGCGCACGGCCGUCCCUGACAUGGACAGAGAGACCCAGGAUCAGUACCUGGUGGUCCUUCAAGCCAAGGACAUGGGAGGCCAUUUAGGGGGCUUGUCCGGGACCACCACCGUCACAGUCACCCUCUCCGACGUCAACGACAACCCUCCGCGCUUCACUCAGAAGUUGAAAUAUCAUUUAAAGAAAUUGGGAUUAUUAGACGUGAUCGACCUAGUUGGAGAAGACUGCAAAGCUCCGGUUAAGACCCAGAAGGAGGCUUAUGUGCCGGUUAGUGGAUUCUCUUCAAAGACCGAUGGCGGCAGUUUUGAAGGAAUCCUAAAUAUUUCCGUCAUGAUUGAUUUGUCACAACCGCCACUGAGACGGGCUUUUGGACCGCCAAAGUUCCUCGGAAGAAAGUAUGUGGUUAGUCUGAUCACCGAGGCGGAUGAUACUGCGGUGGAUGAUACUGCAGAGCGCCAUGGCCAGAACAUCACGGCGCAUUCUCCAGAUUUCUCCAGAUUCUCCGAACCUUUUGGGAUCCUGCGCACGGCCGUCCCUGACAUGGACAGAGAGACCCAGGAUCAGUACCUGGUGGUCCUUCAAGCCAAGGACAUGGGAGGCCAUUUAGGGGGCUUGUCCGGGACCACCACCGUCACAGUCACCCUCUCCGACGUCAACGACAACCCUCCGCGCUUCACUCAGAGUAUGUGGUCCUUCUCCGUGUCCGAGCUGGCCGUCCCCGGCGCCGAAAUAGGACGCAUCGCGGCAGGCGACGCCGACCUCGGAGACAACGCCAGGCUGGAGUACACCAUCUUGGAGGGCGAGACGGGCGACACGUUCAACAUCUCGGGAGUCAACCAAGACGCGGUCAUCACGCUGAACAAGGCCGUCGACUACGAAAGCCGCAGCUCCUACUCCUUCUCCGUGGAGGUCCUCAACCCCACCGUGGACCCUCGCUUCCUGCGUCGAGGACCUUUUAAAGACCGGGCCUCAAUCAGAGUUGCGGUGCUGGAUGCCGACGAGCCGCCAAGGUUCUCCAGGGCCCGGUACCACAUGGACGUGUCAGAAAACUGCCCUCCGGCCUGCACCGUGGGCCGGGUCAGUGCUGUGGACCCGGACACUGGUCUGACCAACAACAUCAGGUUCUCCAUUGACCCUCAGUCGGACCCAGAGGCUUUGUUCCGUAUCACCCCAGACUCUGGCCUCAUCACCACGGCCAUGGAACUGGACCGUGAACGCGAGCACUGGCACAACAUUACGGUCAUUGCCACCCAGAGAGACAACCCCAGCCAGGUGUCCAGGGUUCUGGUUGCUAUAGAGACUUUGGACCUCAACGACAACGCCCCCGAGCUGGACAGGCAGUACACAACAGCUAUGUGCGACUCAUCUACCAUAGGGCAGGUGGUGCAGGUGUUGCGGGCAAUUGAUAGAGAUGAGGGCGGGAAUGACAGCUCCGUGUUUUUCAGCAUCCCCCCGGAGUCCGGCACCGCCCUCAACUUCAGCGUGAGGGACAGUGGUGGUCCCACCGCCAGCCUGGUGCUGCUCUCCCAGCUGCAGCCGCUGUCCCGCUCCUCGGCCUCCACCCUCACCCUCCACGUGCCGCUGGUCCUGAGAGACGGCACGUCGGGUCUGACCAGCACCGGCACGGUCACGGUGUCGGUCUGCCCCUGCCUGCGAGGCGGGGCCAAGACCGGGGAGAAGGGCAAACAGGCGGAGGGCGAGUGGGACUGGGAGAGAGAGGCGGUGUGUCUUCCCCAGCAUUCCACCUUGCCUUCACCCGGGCUCAGCACCGCCGCCCUGCUGGCCAUACUCGCAUGCGUGGCUACGCUCCUGGCGGUGAGCGCCCUGUCCUUGUCGCUGCGGCGUCAGAAGCGGGACUCCCUGUCGCCGCUGGAGGACGACGACGUGCGCGAGAACAUCAUCACCUACGACGACGAGGGCGGCGGCGAGGCGGACACGGCGGCCUUCGACAUCGCGGCGCUGCAGAGCGCCCCCCACAGCUCGCGCUCGCGUACCUACCGCACGCUGGACAGCAGGAACGU